AUGCUAAAAUUUAUUUUGCCCUGUUUGGUUCUCGUGGCCCUCUCAAAUGCCCUAAAGAUCCAUGAAUACGAUCACCAUCACGAACAACAUCACGAGCCAGAGCACUAUCAUCAUGAGGCUGAACCGGAACAUGAGGAGACAGAACUGCAUCACGAGAUCGAUCACAAGCAUGCCACCUCGCAUCAGAGUGUUAAAUUCCAUCAUUACCAUGCUGUGCCCGUGUAUAUCAAGAAGGAGGAUCAGCAUUUGGUUAAGAAACCAAUCGAAAUUGGUGGCACCAAACAGAAGUUGAAGCUGCUUCAUCCCAAGACCGAACACAAUCACAAUCACGGCCUCGUGCUGGAGAAUCACAGUGAAUCCCAUCUGCAUGAGCAUGGACAUUAUGAGGAGCCAGUGCAUCAUUCCGAGCACUAUGAACAUUAUUCGCAUCAUGAGUAAACUUGCGUUCAAAAUCGUGGACGAUG